GUCACUGUCAAACUCAGAAAAUUCAAUGUUGCUCUGUAGCUUUAAUAAGUUUAUAAUUUUUUGAUUUUUGAUUGCGAUAAAGAUAUAAACAAUAAAUAAAGCUUAUAAGCUAUGUACCGAGCUUAGAACGAGUUCUAAAAGAAAUUGUGAGUUUACCAACACAGACACGGAAUACAAAAACAACAACAACGACUAGAAGAAGAAGAACAACAACAACACAGUAUAAAUUGCAGGUUGCACGUUUUGAACAAAAAUGUGAGCGCCUUGAUAACAAAGCAACAACGAAGUGGAAUCUAUAUUAAACAUAUGUAGAAAUUGUCAACAAUCGGAAAAAGAGACAAAACAAAAUUAUAAAAGUUUAAAGGCAAAGGCGACAAAUGUGACAGGUGGUGUGUGUGUGUGUGUCGAAAUUUGUAGCGGAGGAACACGGGUGAUUAAAUAUAAAUAGAAAAUUCGAACAGUACAGCUGCCGCCUUGCCGCUGUCCGACUGUUAUGCAAGCAGCGCUGCAACCCCCACCUCACCUCACCAGUGCAGAGAAACAACAACGACAACAACAGCAACAACAAUUGAAUUAAGCCGGCGGUCGCCAUGCUGUUAAAUCGUCUAGUGCUGGCCAUCAAAAAUCAAUCGAGAGAAACAUUGCGCGCCUGGGGUUAUCAAUGUGAAUCGAUAAUCGCUCAACGUUCCCGCCGGGUGCAGCAGCUCUUUAGCUUCUAUCAGUCGGUGUAUGGCACCCAGGGAUUGAAGCAACUAUGGCGCGCCUAUUAUCGCAGUGAACUCCAGCCACCGAUCCGGGGCAUCCUGUUGAGUGCGGUGGGCAUCAUGGGGUUGAAUAUGAAACAUUUGGGCAGCGAUGGCUUCGAUUGGAACAAGGAGCGUUUGUCGUUGAGUAACUUUGAUUUGUGCCAGCGUGAUAUUGAUUUUAUCAAUACGCUGUCCGUGAAUCAACUAUGCGAACGUUGUCAGGCCAAAAAGAUGAAAUACUGCUACUGUAUGCUCGGCAAUCAACGGUGUCGCAAAGGUGGCAUUGCCGUCCCGCCACCCAACAGUGAUCAGAAGCCCAUGAAGGAGGAACAAGCGGCGAGCAUUAGCAACUGCCAGAAGGCCAUGGAUUUGGAUGUGGCAAGGAGUGCGCCGCAGGGUCAGGUGCGCAUACAGGCGCAAGAGGAUCGCAAUUGGGAGCCAUAUUUUAGCAAGAAUGAGUUUAGCAUUUGGCGGCGCGAGGAACGAUCCUCACUUUAUUCAUACAAGGUGUAUGCACGAUUUGAUGACAUCACGGCGGAUGAUUUUCUGCAUGUGCAAACGGAUCUGGAUUAUCGCCGGCAAUGGGAUGAUACGGCACUUAGGCUGGAGCUGAUAAGUGAAGAUCCAGUGCCGGACAGCAAUUCACACCUGAUCUACUGGGAAAUGCAAUGGCCACGUUUAUUUGCCAAUCGAGAUUAUGUGUAUUGCCGGCGUUAUCACAAGGAUGAGACCAAAAAGAUGGUAUUCAUUUGUAGUCGAGCCGCAAACCAUACAGCGUAUCCAACCAUUUCGGGUAAAGUGCGUGUCACGGACUAUUGGAGCCUGAUGGUCAUUAAACCAUUCCGUGGUUUCCAUGAGCCGGGAUUGCACUUUGUGCUAACGUAUUUCGAUGAUCCCGGUAUACCAAUACCGCAAAACAUUAAGUCCUGGGUCACACAGAAGCAAAUGCCUGAGUUCCUUACCAAAAUGUAUGUGGCAACGAAAAACUAUGCCUGCUCCCGUGCCAUCAAAAUGAAGGACAUGUUCAAUAGCUUUACAAUCAUCAACGAUGAGUACACGGCCAACGAUCAACGCGGCAGCUGGCUGGGAAGCCUCAGCCGUCACAGGCGUAAGCUCAAUGAUAACGAGAACGAGCGAUGAGCUGACAACGCCGCAGUUCCUCCCAAAAAAUAAAUUAAAUAAAUAGUCCAGAUAUAGCAACUGCAGCAAAGGAGUAAUACAAACAGAUUUAUGCCUACCUAUCAUUUCUUAUCAUCUUAUGUUGUAAUUCAUUAUUAAGCAUAAAUAUAUUAUACUAUAAAAGAUUUAGUUAGGGAUCAUUUAUGCUGUUUGUCAUCAUCACCAAAUCCGCAAAUGUGCAAUAAAAACGCAUUCGAAACUUGGAGGCAUUUACAAA